AUGCAAAUUGAACCAAUUGAUCUCGAGCUAGAUGAUGCUCUUUGGGCUUAUAGAAUGGCAUUCAAAACUCCUAUCGGGACUUCGCCUUACUUAUUCGUUUUUAGUAAGGCUUGCUAUUUUUCGGUCAAACUCAAACACAAUUCAAUGUGGGCAUUGAAGAAGCUAAAUAGCGAGGCUACCAAGCUUCAGAUAUCUCAACUAAAUGAGUUGGAUGAGUUUCGGUACCAGGCAUAUGAUAGUGCAGUUAUGUACAAGGAAAAUAUGAAACACUCUUUUUGUGACAAAAAGAUCUUGAAGCGAGAUCUCCAAGUCAACGAUUUGGCUUUUAUUGUUCAAGUCAAGGCUGAAGCUCUUUCCAGGCUAUCACGACCCAAAAUCCCAUUUGAGUCGUGA